UUCCCCGACGGCUAAUAAUAAACCCGGGUUCCUGUUUCCCGGCCGCGGCCACUCCAGAUUCGGGGUUGAGGGGCUCACUCUGCAACCAAGGCACGUGCAUUCCGGUCAUCCCACGCGGGGAGCGCGCGCAAGGCCCGCCCAGCCCCCACAUGCCAGCCCCACCCUCCAGUCGGUCCGGACGCCGACGCCUUUUUGACCCUCGCUGUGCCCGGCCCUCCUCAACUGGCCUGCCCAGGGCUUGGUGCUGGCGGGGUCCAGCUGCUCCAAUCCCUCCUCCUCUGCUCUGCUCUGCCCUGCCCUGCCCUGGCCUGCCCCGGCGCCCUCCCUCAGCCCGGGUAUCAGGCGAGAGGCGGAGCUGGCCCGGCGCGCCCCGCCCCCGCUGUAGAAAGGGCCGGGCGAGUGUUACUCGCGGUCAUCCCGGCCUGGGCCUUUUAUCUCGGUGCUGCCGGGGGAGGCGGGAGGAGGAGACACCAGGGGUGGCCCUGAGCGCCGGCGACACCUUUCCUGGACUAUAAAUUGAGCACCUGGGAUGGGUAGGGGGCCAACGCAGUCACCGCCGUCCGCAGUCACAGUCCAGCCACUGACCGCAGCAGCGCCCUUGCGUAGCAGCCGCUUGCAGCGAGAACACUGAAUUGCCAACGAGCAGGAGAGUCUCAAGGCGCAAGAGGAGGCCAGGGCUCGACCCACAGAGCACCCUCAGCCAUCGCGAGUUUCCGGGCGCCAAAGCCAGGAGAAGCCGCCCAUCCCGCAGGGCCGGUCUGCCAGCGAGACGAGAGUUGGCGAGGGCGGAGGAGUGCCGGGAAUCCCGCCACACCGGCUAUAGCCAGGCCCCCAGCGCGGGCCUUGGAGAGCGCGUGAAGGCGGGCAUCCCCUUGACCCGGCCGACCAUCCCCGUGCCCCUGCGUCCCUGCGCUCCAACGUCCGCGCGGCCACCAUGAUGCAAAUCUGCGACACCUACAACCAGAAGCACUCGCUCUUUAACGCCAUGAAUCGCUUCAUUGGCGCCGUGAACAACAUGGACCAGACGGUGAUGGUGCCCAGCUUGCUGCGCGACGUGCCCCUGGCUGACCCCGGGUUAGACAACGAUGUUGGCGUGGAGGUAGGCGGCAGUGGCGGCUGCCUGGAGGAGCGCACGCCCCCAGUCCCCGACUCGGGAAGCGCCAAUGGCAGCUUUUUCGCGCCCUCUCGGGACAUGUACAGCCACUACGUGCUUCUCAAGUCCAUCCGCAACGACAUCGAGUGGGGGGUCCUGCACCAGCCGCCUCCACCGGCUGGGAGCGAGGAGGGCAGUGCCUGGAAGUCCAAGGACAUCCUGGUGGACCUGGGCCACUUGGAGGGUGCGGACGCCGGCGAAGAAGACCUGGAGCAGCAGUUCCACUACCACCUGCGCGGGCUGCACACUGUGCUCUCAAAACUCACGCGCAAAGCCAACAUCCUCACUAACAGAUACAAGCAGGAGAUCGGCUUCGGCAAUUGGGGCCACUGAGGCGUGGCGCCCGUGGCUGCCCAGCACCUUCUUCGACCCAUCUCACCCUCUCUCAUUCCUCAAAGCUUUUUUUUUUUUUUUCCUGGCUGGGGGGCGGGAAGGACAGACUGCAAACUGGGGGGCUGCGUACGUGCAGGAGGCGCGGUGGGGCUGCGUGGAGGAGGGGGCCACGUGUGAGAGAGAAGAAAAUGGUGGCCGGAGAUGGGAGGGCCCAAGGAACCUCCUGGGAGGGGGCCUGCAUUCUAUGUUGGUGGGAAUGGGACUGGGCUGACGCCCUGCAUUCAGCCUGUGCCUUUCCUGGGGUUUCUUUUCUGUUCUUUUCGGAGGAGAGGGCCCGAGAAGGGGCCAUACCAGGGCGCGGCGCUGGGUUGCCACACUUGGGAAAGCAGCCCGGAGCUGGGUGCUGGGGAAGGCGGGGCGCGUAGCCUCCCGCCGCCCUGCGGUUGGGCCGGUGGAGGCCCAGGCGUUGCUAGGAUUGCAUCAGUUUUCCUGUUUGCACUAUUUCUUUUUGUAACAUUGGCCCUGUGUGAAGUAUUUCGAAUCUCCUUCUUGCUCUGAAACUUCAGCGAUUCCAUUGUGAUAAGCGCACAAACAGCACUGUCUGUCGGUAAUCGGUACUACUUUAUUAAUGAUUUUCUGUUACACUGUAUAGUAGUCCUGUGGCACCCCCACCCCAUCCCUUUCGUGCCACUCCCGUCCCCACCCCCACCCCAGUGUGUAUAAGCUGGCAUUUCGCCAGCUUGUACGAAGCUUGCCACUCAGUGAAAAUAAUAACAUUAUUAUGAGAAAGUGGACUUAACCGAAAUGGAACCAACUGACAUUCUAUCGUGUUGUACAUAGAAUGAUGAAGGGUUCCACUGUUGUUGUAUGUCUUAAAUUUAUUUAAAACUUUUUUUAAUCCAGAUGUAGACUAUAUUCUAAAAAAUAAAAAAGCAAAUGUGUCAACUAAA